AAACUUCGUCACCAUUUCACGUCAGUUUUUCGGAGGGGACUUUUAUCUCGUGUUUACAAAAUGUCUGAAGGUGCCGCCAUCUGUCAAAUUGAAGAAUGUAGGAACAUGACUUGUUGCGAUAAUGGAGCAUGCAGUUGUGAUGGUACAUGCCAGUGCCCGAAAUGUGGAAUUCAAUGCUCCUGCGUCGGUUCAUGCAAAUGUGGAGUAGGAUGCAACGGGCCAUCAUCAUGUAAAUGUGAGGUUGGCCCGUGCUCAUGUAGACCGGCCAAAUCUAACGAAUAGUCGGAGAGCCGUCACCAAUGGACGUUUUUGUGGUUAUCUUAUUCCAGCGUUUGGGACUGAGUUCAUUUCUUCAUGUUAUUGAUAUUACAUUGAUCAGAAUAUAAUACAAAUAUCCACCUUUAAACCUCCAAAGCAAGACCUUGAUGUCGCGGACACACUCAUCGAAAUAUAAUGUCUUUAUUUGAUUCUUCAAAAUCAAGAACUGGUUGUCCCGGAUACAACGACUCAAAUAUCAUAUCAAGUCAAUCUUUGAAUGUCCAACGCAAGAGCUUAAUCUCUCUGAUAACUGAAAUUAACUAAAUAAGAAACACUGGAACAAUCCCUGACAAAAUUGGUUAUUUUGACGUUUUGUAUAGUUGUAAAUAUGUUAUAAACAUAGUUGUUGUAAAUAUGUUAUAAACAUAGUUGUUGAAAAUAUGUUAUAAACAUUGUUGUUGUUAAUAUGUAAUAAACGUUUCUUAAUUGA